AUGAGAUUGAGAAGUCGAGAACAACAACCAGUCCCUAGCCCCUUGAGAAAACGAACAAGAUCUGCCAUCAAAUCCCGUUCAAGUUCGCGAUCAUCCUCCGUUUCUCGAAUUUCGAACAGCAGCAGUAGCUCACGAUCCAAGCGCGCUCGGAUCGUAUCUCCCGAUCGCUCCGAAUGCAAGGUCGUCAAAAGAAAGGUUAAAAAGUCUAUCACCACUGAGACUGUAAGAACCCGUGCCGCACGAGGAGAGAAGCCGGGCACAUCUGCCUCAGCUCUACCCGUCCUAAAAUCGCCCAAAAAGCGAGGCCGUCCUUUGAAACGGCCUCGAAUCAAGGCGUCGCGAUGUGCAUCACCGACUCCUCCUGCUUCUCCUGUCCCCAAAGCUUGUUCAACCCCCGAGCAGUCGAAAAUCACGAGGAAAUCAUUCGAUUCCCCUCCGCAUAAACAAGCCCCAGCUGACGACGAACCGGUAGCGAAUAUUCAAACGGAAAAUUGCUCUCAGGUAGAGGAAGAAAUCGUCAUCGCUUCAGUCCCGGAAACGAGCAACGCAAACUUGGAUGACUCUUGUCCAACGAUUGAGCCGGACAGCAGCUCGUACUCGCAACAAAAUAAUGCUUAUUACACUAAUGAUAACUCUUCCGGCCAUUCUUCGCAGGGUGGAUCUGCUGCAUCCACGCACCAUCAAAAUAUUGCUUCCGGAAAUUACAACCCAGCGUACUUUAUGCGUCACAUCACUCCCCAAACAGAAGCCAUGAAAAAUCGAGCCGCAAUCUUGCCGUGCAAAACGCGUAAGACACCAGAGUAUACGCUCGUCCUCGAUUUGGACGAAACGCUGGUGCACUGCACUUUGGCCGAGCACCAAAUGCGCGACUACGAGUUCACCUUUCCCAUCCGCUUCCAGAACGUCGACUAUGAAGUUUUCGUCAAGACGCGGCCAUAUUUCCGCAAUUUCCUCGAGCGCAUGUGUGAACACUUUGAGAUCAUUAUUUUCACUGCCUCCAAGAAGGUUUAUGCGGACAAAUUAAUCAGUAUUAUCGAUCCAGACAAGCGGCUUGUCCGACACCGUCUUUUCCGGGAGCACUGUAUUCUUGUUCAGGGAAACUACAUCAAGGACCUGACAAUUCUCGGCCGCGACCUGACAAAGACAAUAAUCGUCGACAACUCGCCACAAGCAUUUUCGUACCACAUGGACAACGGAAUUCCCAUUGAAUCCUGGUACAGUAACCCCGAGGACCAGGAACUGGAGCUGUUGGAGAAAUACCUGUACGAUCUCGUGAAAUUCGACGAUGUGCGACCAGAACUCCGCCGAAAAUACCGAAUCCGCGAUCAAGUGGAGGGCAGAACAGACUGUACGCUAAAACAACUGAAACAGUACUUCUAA